AUGAAGGGUCUUAAAAAACUAGCUAUUAUUGGAUUCUACAAACAACUUCCAGAACCCGUUUCGAGCGAAGAAUGCCGACGUCUUCAAUAUCGUAGGAAAAGUGAUUCGGUGAAGAAACGGGUGAAACAAAAUUUUGCUAAUAUAUGUGACGCACAAGUUUCCGACGCUAUUCGGCAAUGGCUUCGGGCGCCGACAUUUGACGCACGGCCUUGGGAGGACGAAGAGCUUCUUCUGCUACUCCAACAAAUGUACCUUGACCACGAUCUCUGUUCAAAGUUUGCCAUAGAUAUUACUACUUUAAGGAAUUUUCUUUAUGAAGCGUACAAAAACUACAACGACGUACCUUUCCACAAUUUCCGACAUUGUUUUUGCGUCGCACAAAUGUUAUACGCCAUUUCCUGGUGUGUCGAUCUCCCGAAUAGAAUCGGUGACCUCGAAGUUCUCAUUCUCCUGACUUCGUGCAUAUGCCACGACCUUGAUCAUCCAGGUUACAACAACAUCUACCAAAUCAACGCCAAAACUGAACUGGCCAUCCGCUACAACGACAUAUCACCUUUGGAGAAUCAUCACUGCAGCGUGGCUUUCAGGAUACUGGAAAAUGAAGACUGCAAUAUCUUCAAAUCAUUUAGCAGCGAAGAUUUCAAGCAGGUUCGGGAAGGUAUGAUUCGGUGCAUUCUGGCAACAGACAUGGCAAGGCAUAACGAAAUUCUGACCAAUUUCAAAGAAAUUAUACCAAUUUUCAACUAUGACGAUAAAGCUCAUGUCAAUUUGGUGAGUAUCAUACCAUUCAGUUUCAAUUCAAAAUUCUAUAAUCCAUACCCAUCAUCU